UCCAACGUUAGUGUGUCGCCUGGGGUGGAGUGCGUGGCUGACAGCUGAACUGAAGACAGUUCUGCUUUUCUGAGUGCAGCUCGGGCAUCCUUCUCUCAUGCCUGCUCGCCUGCAGCAAUCUCACAAGCCUGAGCCGUGAAGAUGGCACAUCUUUCCUCAGACUUGGAGCAUGUCUCCCUUUCUAUCCAGAAGGACAGUCUUGAACUCCCCUUGCCUGCCGGAAGAACCUCCUCCUGGUCUCCCUCUCCCGAUGAGGAUCCCGGUUUGCUUCCCUUUUCUCCAGCAGAGCAUGACCCCAGCACCUUGGUUUCAGAAAGCCUUCCCUUUCCAGCUUCAUCUCUGGAGAGAGGGAAGGAACGGGAUGGCAGCGAUGACUCAGCAGAGCCUGAGAUGCUGUGUAGCACGGAGCACCCCUGGCAGUUCUUCGCUGAAGCGCAGCGGCUGCGGGAGCAAGGGCUGCUUCUGGAUGAAGAGGUGUCAGUUGGGGGACAGGUCUACGGGGUACAUCGGGUGAUCUUGGCCGCAAUUAGCAGCCUCUUCCGAGGCAGGCUGCUGGGCGGCGGAGGUCAGCACCCCGGCUUCAGCCUCCAGGUGGCCCCGAGGGGCUGGGAGGCUGCGCUGACCUUUGCCUACGAGGGCGUGCUGGGCCCCGCCUCUCGGGACGAAGUGCUGGCUGUGGCCGAGGCGCUGGGAGCGCCCCGGGUGAAGAACGCGGCUCGGCUGAGGUCAGAAGGGGUUGGCAGAGCCAGGGACGAGGAAAAGGAACUCAGCCAGGCAGAGGAGCUGAGGGAGAACCUGCACAGCAUCGAGCGUCUGUAUCGAGAGGGCGUCGGGUGCGACUUGGAGCUGGAGGCGGAGGGCUACCGCCUGCGGGUGCACCGAGUGGCCCUGGCCUGUGGCAGUGAGUUCUUUGGGGCCAUGCUCCUGAGUGGCAUGAGGGAGUCCCAGGGCUCAAAGGUCUCUCUGCGUACUAUCUCUUCUCAAGACCUGAGACUCCUCGUUUCUUUUGCCUACUCUGGAGUUGUACGAGAAAGAUGGCCAGGAUUGCUAAGGGCUGCCCAGGCUGCGCUGCAGUACCAAAGCUCUUCCUGCCUGGAUUUGUGUCAGCGAGCCUUGGCACAGAGCCUCUGCCCUGCCCUUUGCCUGGCUUUGUUCCCCAUGGUUGAAGCCCCCGGCUUGGAGAAAGUCUGGGGGAAAGCCCACCGUUACCUCCUCACUCAUCUGCCCGCUGUGGCUUUGUGCCCUACCUUCCCAUCAUUACCGGUCACCUGCCUGGCUGAGCUCCUGGACAGUGACGAACUCCACGUACAGGAAGAGUUUGAGGCUUUCACAGCUGCACGGUGUUGGCUGGCUGCCAACCCUGAGACCCAGGAAUCAGACGCCAAAGCCCUGCUGCGAUGUGUCCGCUUUGGCCGCAUGUCUACCAGAGAGCUGCGAAAGGUGCGGGCGGCAGGGCUUCCCGCACCUCUGCCCCCAGAUCUGCUGUAUCAGCUGAUGGUGGAAGCUGAAGUUCCGGGUCAAGAGAGAUGGAGGGAGCCUGACCACGCACUGGUGGUGAUUGGUGGGGAUGGGCUUAGACCGGAAAUGGACCGAAGACAGCCAUCUUGCAAAGUGUGGUGGGCCCGGGCAUUUCACUGUGGCAUGGGUCUGGUACGAACUGUGGAGUGGUGCCGGCUCCCUAACCUGCCUGCCCCAGGGCGCUUUCGGCAUGGAGCAGCGAGCCCAACAGGAAGUGAACUCUAUGUGUGUGGAGGACAGGAUUUCUACAGCCACACCAGCACUCUGGCUUCAACUCUCAGGUGGAGCCCCAGUCAAGAAGACUGGGAGGAGAUGGCACCUUUGUGCCAGGCUCGGAGCUUCUUCCCUCUGGUGGUAUUUGAUGGACAACUUUAUGCUCUGGGUGGACGAGACAAUGGUGUGGCCCUUAAUUCUGUUGAGACCUAUAACCCUGAACUCAAUGUCUGGAGGCCAGCACCUGCUCUUCCAGCACCAUGCUUUGCCCAUGCAGCUGCAACCCUCGGGGGCCGAUUGUAUGUGAGCGGUGGCUGCAGUGGGACUGGCCAGUACUUGGACUCACUGAUGCACUAUGACCCCAAACUUGAGAAGCCGGGGACACUUUUGAGCCCAAUGGGAGUAGCCCGGGCUGGUCAUGUGAUGGCUACUCUGGGUGGGAAGUUGUAUGUGGCAGGUGGGAUAGGCGACACCGGGGACUUACUGAGCUUUGAGUCCUAUGAGCCAAAGACUGAUUGCUGGACUCGCCUGGCGUCCUUGCCCUCCCCCCACGUGGGGGCUGCAGGUGCUGUCUUACAGGGGGAGCUACUGGUGCUAGGGGGGUACAGUCACCGCACUUAUGCCAUCUCUCACCUAGUCCAUGCCUACUGCCCGGGUCUGGACCGCUGGCUCUGCCUGGGAACUCUGCCAAGGCCUCGGGCUGAGAUGCCUGCCUGCAUCUUGACAUUACCCAGUGUGCAGCACAUAGCUUUGGUCCCUACUCAGCACCAAAACAAACCUGCUGGGUGACUGAGGAGCCGAAGGAUAUGAGGGAGGAAGGGGUAAGACAUACCAUGACGGAAUGACAGAAAUUAUGGGAGGAUAAAAAGGUCUUACUUGCUUGUUUACUUUAUUGUUUGUUUUUUGAGACAGGGUUUCUUUGUGUAGCCUUGGCUGGCUUGGACUCCCUUUGUAGACUAGGCUGGCCUUGAACUCACAGAGAUUCACCUGCCUUUGCCUCCCUGAGUGCUGGGAUUACAGGCAUGUGCUACCACACCCAACCCUCGUUUACUCCUAAACAGUAUUAUUAUUAGAAAGAUUCUUUCUGUUGUAGCUCUGGCUGGCCUCAAACUUACUAUGUAGCCUGGGCUGGUCUCAAACUCAAAGUGUCCUGAGUGUUAAGAUUGCAUGCACUACCCCACCUUGAUUGAGAGGCAUGAUGAUGAUGAUGAUGAUUAUGAUGAUUGACAGGGUCUCUUGUAUCCCAGGAUGGCUUACAACUCCCUAUGUAGUCAAGGAUGACCCUGAGCUCUUGAUCCUUCCACCUCCAGCUUGAUAGAGUUGGGAUCACAGACAUAUGCUAUCACUGAUUUGUGCUAGUGAGCAAACUCAGGACUUUCUGCAUGCUAAGCAGAUACUCUGCCUACUUAACUAUACCCUUGACCCUAAA